CAUCAUGGGCGGACCGCCUCUUUCUUGUUCAUGCAAUGACCUGUCCCAAUCAAGGAAGUAAACAAUAGUCACCAUGUCUCGGCGCGCGCCGUAUAUAAAAAGCAGGUCCAAGUUGGGUGGUGCAUCACUACUUCAAUUUUCCCGCCUCCCCGUCUCGCGUAUCGUCAGCCAUGUCUCGUACCUCUCCUACUCCCAGCUCUCUCUCAACGCCAGGAUUUCAGUCUUCCUCUUUUCCAUGCACACCCGAUUGCUCCCUUGCGUCGCAUAGCCAUCAUCGCGGCAAGACCGGCCGGGAGCUCUCAACAGGAGACAUUCGCAUGACCACAAUAUCCCUCCUGGCACCAUUCUAUGAAGCCCUGAAAGGAUAUCGCAGCGUCAAACUCGAUUGCAGGUCUUUGGCGCGUUCAUCGAACUCUCGCUCGCAGCCUGGCGUUGCACUCUCGCAUUCUUCUUCGCGGCGUCCAUCGGUAGCAUCUGGAUCUUGCGCCUCUGAUAAGGGCGGGCCUAAAAUCCGACCCUGCGUCAUUAUCGAGAAGGGGGCGGCUACAGCCAAGGUCAUUCUCAUGGGCACAUUCGAAGGAGCUUACAUAGACGAGCUCCAUCCCGUACUCCAGGACUAUGUUGCCAUCCUCUUCUCCCGGGACAGCACGUAUGAAGAGGAACGAUUCACGAAGGGCAAGCCCACGCACAUGCACAGCACACCAGAAUGGUCUCAGAAGGCCGCGCAUCUCGGACAUCUCCAGUACAUCAUACCCCUCAAGCAUGAGAUUGACUUGCAUGCCGUCACUGAUCGCUGGAGGGUUCGCCGGACGGGCAAUAGCAACUCGCGCUCAGCAGGCGACGGCGAUACUGAAGGUCACUAUAUGGAUGGCCCGAAUAUGUUCUACUUGGCCAACCACGCCGAAAUCAUGUACCAACGCUUGAGAAUGCGCUGCAAAAGAAGGGCGUACAGAUAUGAACUUCGGCAAGCGCUGAGGGAAAGGGGGAAGGCCGGUAGCAAUCCGAAUCGCAGCCAAGCGUCGGUUCAAACUCGUCAUUCGCGCGCCCCGUCGGUUGCGCUCGAACCUAUCCCGGAAACUCCCACCACACCGUCGUAUACCAGGCCCACCGCGCCGACGACUGCCGACAAGGCAGAGAACUCGUGGAUUUCCACUCGCAAGUUCUCGAUCUCAUCCACCUCAAGCCAAACGACGGCUAGCAAACGCCGCUCCGAGUACGACGAGGGGUGCCCCAGGACGCCGAAGGCCGCGAAGCACGAACUCGAUGCGUCGUCGAUGCGCUCAAAGGAGUCGAAGUUCUCAUCCCCGCUCAAGAAAUCGUCAAAGGCCAAUACCUCUCAAGCUUCUCUACCCUCCAUAGUCACCUCGGACGCAGUUGCGUACACUAUCGCGCCAUAUCGUUUACUGUCGAGCGCGUUGACGGACUAUGAACGUCGCAUCAAGACCUACGCAACCUGUGAUACACCGGCACCGUGUUCCGUCAGGCCUUCCUCUCAGUGCGCAGUCCUCUCUAGCCCUGACACACGGGAGCCACAGGUCUCGAGUCGAUGUCCUUCUGGGUACAGCGCACUCGUUGCGUUUGCUGUCAAGAUGUUUCUCUCGGGAAUCCUAUAA